UUAAUCUCUGAAAUGGUCCGAGUAAUGAGAUACAAUGGUUGCUCACACCUCUAUUUCUUCGCCUCUCGAUCAGAUCCCCCCAAUCCCAGUGUCUUCUUCUUCUUCUUCUUCCUCUUCUUCUUCUUCAUAUCAUCACUAGAAUACUCUCUCUCUCUCUCUCUGCGCUUACAAGAAUAGUUAGUGAAGAAGAAUGAUACUUGUUGUUCUUCUAUCCUUGUAACGCCAAACCCAAUAUAACAACCAAUGUUCCAUUUCCACAUACAUUGUCAUUGUAUCUCAUUGCCAAUCCAAUUACGCCAACAACCCCUCUUUUUGUUCCCAUUAUUUUCAUAUAUUUUGAUAUUUCUUCUUCCGUUAGGGUUGGAGUUUGCGUGCGUUUUUGUUUAUAUUGUAUUGAAUUGCAUUGUAUCCCUUGGACGCUAAGAUUGGAUUGGGAUUGGGUGUUGUUGAGUCAAAAUCUGUUAACCUCACCCAGACGGUGACGCAGAUGCAGACUCUGGGUUUGUUGGUCGCUCCUGUUCUCGGUUUCUACCAGAGAUUCCUUCGUUUCUCUCUCCGCUUCCUUCUUCUCAUGUUCAUGGAUUUCCCUUCCACAUUCAAGUUCAUCACCCAAGCCAGUGAACUCGGUUGCGGCUUCCUCCUCCUCGGUUACUUCUCGCGUCUCUUCAACCUCCUCGGCCUCCUCUUGAUCUUCUUCUUCUGCCUCAGGUUUCUCCGCUCUCCUCUUCUCCUCUCCAACCACGAGAAAUCGUCGUCGUCCAGAGACGAGAAUUCCAAGGAAGAAGAGAGUUUGGAGGACGAGGUGUUCGACGUAAUGUCGCUGAGGAAGAUGGUGAAGGAGGAGCGGCAGCGGUACAACGCGGCGUGCGCGGAGAUCGAGCAGGAGCAGGGGGCGGCGGCGUCCGCGGCGGAGGAGGCCAUGGCCAUGAUUCUGCGGCUGCAGAGCGAGAAGAGCGCCGUGGAGAUUCAGGCCAAGCAAUUCCGGCGCGUGGUGGAGCAGAAGCAGGAGUACGAUCUCGAAGUGAUCGAGUCGCUCCGGUGGACAGUAGUGCAGGUGGAGUCGCAGAAGAACCUUCUAGAACGUCAGUUAGGGGUUUUGAGGGAGAGGCUUAGACAGUUCGUCAAUGAUCAAGAAAUACAGCAGCUUCAAGAAGAACAAGAACUACAAGGCACAGCCAGUGAUGAUGAUGAUGAUGGUGAUGAAGAUAGCAGUGGAUUCUUGAAUUUCUCAAUUGAAUAUGAUGAUGUAGAUGCUUCUUCUUCUAGCAACCACUCACCCACACACACACCACAGCACUUGUAAGUUUGCAUGCUCAUCCACAUGCACAUGGACAUGGUUCCUCAAUGAAAAAUGCCUUUUUUGUUUUUCAAUUGUAAAUUGUAUUUAUUUGUUUGUUUGUUUGUUUUAUUAACAAUGUUGAUGAAAAGCUACACAAUAUGUGUUAAUAUGCGUGUGUCUGUUGUCAUGGUGGGGAAUAGGUUUAAAGUUGGUUCAGGUUUACUGCACUAAUUGUGUGAAUGAAUUUCAUGAGGCUUACUUGA